AUGGCGGAAGCAUCGCUGCAGGAUCGCUUGCGCGACCACGCAAAGGCUUUUGACGGUCUUUUGAGUCUUAUCCCGGCCAAGCAGUAUUACGGAGAAGACAACAGUGACCAAUGGAAUAAGAAGAAACAAACGAAAAAGGAAGCCGCCGCCGCCCGCCGAGGAAGACUUGAUCCCGACAGCGAGCUGAACAAGAAUGCAAAGGAAGUCAUGGAUGAGCGUGCCCGCAACAAGCGCAAGCAGCGCCAAGAAGAUGAAGACGAAGAAGAAGAAGAAGAAGAAAACGGCGAAGACGAUGCUCUCGUUGCCAUGGAGGGUGUUGAGGCUGAACAGCCGGGUCAAGGCUUGCGAAAGGCUACCGAAAAGCCGAGCAAGAAGCAAAAGGUCGAGCCAGAGAGAGACGACGAUGAGUCCGGUGUCGAAGCCGAUGUCGCAGUGGAGGAUGAGGCUCCCGCAACUGAGCAGUCAAAGCUGUCCAAAAAGGAACAAAAAAAGGCCGCCAAGCGCGAGCGCAAAGCCGAAAAGAAGACUGCCAAGAAACGCGGAGACGACGAACAAACAUCAAGCGCAAAGUCUUCCAAGGACCAAGAAGCUAGCGAGACUUCCAACGCAAAGACGCAAAAAUCCAAGAAGGAGGCUAAGGCCGCCGCCAAAGCCGCAUUGAACGAGGACGAGGCCAUGCCCGAUACUAAAGAACCUUCUGGCUUUGCCGCAAAUCUCGACGUCGCUGGCCUUGAUGCCAAAGACGACUCCGAAGCCAUCUCGGAGCCUCACUCUCCCACGUUCGACGCUGCGGAGCCUGUGAGCACCACCACUUCCGUCUCCUCCACUAUCCCUCCCUCAGAAAAGCCCAAGCACAUUGUGAUGCCCAAAGACACGUCGGCGCUCAAGGCGCGCCUGGCCGCCAAGAUUGAGGCGCUGCGCGCGGCCCGCAAGGCCGACGGCCCGGAUGGCAAGCCAAUCCGCACGCGCCAGGAGCUCAUCGAGGCGAGGCGCGAGAAGCAGACGCAGCGCAAGGAGCAUAAGAAGGAGCUGCGACGAGUCGCUAAGCUGGAGGAGGAGCGCAAGCGCGAGGAGGCGCUCGCAUCCAACUCUCCCGGUCUCAUGAGCCCCGCCGUCGAGGAGGGCAACUUUUCUUUUGGCCGCGUCGCCUUUGCCGACGGCUCCCAAAUGUCGCACGACCUUGGCUACGUGCUCAACCAGGGCCGGCGCAAGGGCCCCUCGGACCCCAAGACGGCGCUCCUCAAGGUGCAGAACCAGAAGCGGCGCCUUGAGGAGAUGGAUGCCGAGGCCCGCGCGGAUAUUGCAGACAAGGACGCCUGGCUCACGGCGCGGCGCCGCGCCGAAGGCGAAAAGAUUCGCGACGACGAGGCGACGCUCAAGAAGACUAUCAAGCGCAACGAUGCAGGCAAGAGGAAGAGCGAAAAGGCGUGGGCAGACCGCAUCCAGGGCGUGUCGCGCGCGCAAAAGGAGCGCGUCAAGAAGCGAGAGGACAACCUGCGCAAGCGCCGCGACGACAAACUUACAGGCAAGGCGGGAAAGAAGAAGAAGGGCGCCGCGGGCGGCGGUGGUAAGAAGAAGGGUGGGAGACCUGGUUUCGAAGGCAGCUUUGGUGUGGGCGGACGCAAAAAGUAA